AUGAGUACAGUGUCUGAGUCUCUAGAUGGGAGCAGCAGGUCUCUGUCUGCAGCCAGGAGACACAAGAGUAUCAGGAAAACCUCCAGGAGGAUUUAUUCUGCCUACCAGGACCACCAGGAGGGCUCCUCAGAUGAAGAAGACAAAGUAGAUGAGAGGGUGGACAGCAAUGAUCCAGAGGAGAUGUUCCAAAACAUUCAGUACCAGAAGGAGAUCAUCGCCAAUAUUCGGACUAGGCCCUGGCCAAUGAGGCGCAAACUCAAAGUCCUAAAGCAGGCCAGAGAGAUUGUUCUGAGAUAUGAGGGCCGACUAACCAGAACCAGAGGUUACCAGACCGCAGGAGCUGAUCUGCUGAAGAAACUUUCCCGUUUGCUUUACAACAUUGUGGUGCUGUUCAUUCCUUGGGAAGUCAGGAUCAAGAAAAUUGAAAGUCACUUUGGGUCAGGCGUGGCCUCCUACUUUAUCUUCCUCCGCUGGUUGUUUGGGAUCAACAUUGUUCUCACCAUCAUGACUGGAGCCUUCAUUGUCCUACCAGAGCUGCUGGCUGGAGCACCAUUUGGAACAACAAGAAGUAAAACUAUUCCCAAGGAACACCUGGCUUCAGCCCAGGACCUGGACACCAUCUGGUCUCUUGGGGGCUACCUCCAGUACUCUGUGUUAUUCUAUGGUUACUAUGGCAGGGUGAGAAAAAUCGGCAGUGCAGGGUACCGAUUACCCCUUGCCUACUUCCUGGUUGGAAUGGCUGUCUUUGCCUACAGUUUCAUCAUUCUGUUGCGAAAAAUGGCAAAGAAUUCACGCCUGAGCCUGGCCAGUGCUUCUGAUGAAAGCUUCACUUUCUGCUGGAGAGUGUUCUGUGCCUGGGAUUACCUGAUAGGAAACCCAGAGGCUGCAGAGAGCAAAGGAGCUGCCAUUGUUAACAACAUCAGGGAAGCCAUUGUCGAGGAGCAAGAAAAGAAGAAGGAUACCAGUCUUGCAGUUCUGAUCAGUCUACGGAUCUUGGCCAACAUCCUGGUGCUCCUCUCUUUAGCAGGGAGCAUAUACAUCAUUUACUUUGUGGUGGAUCGUUCUCAGAAACUGGAGCAGGAGAAGCCGGAGCUGACGCUAUGGGAGAAGAAUGAGGUGAGUGUAGUGGUUUCUCUCAUCACCAUGAUUGCUCCAUCUGCUUUUGAACUGGUGGCUCAGCUGGAGAUGUACCACCCACGAACCUCACUGCGAUUCCAGUUGGCCAGGGUCCUUGUCUUAUACCUUGGGAAUCUCUACAGUCUCAUCAUUGCUCUCCUUGAUAAAGUCAACAGUAUGAGCUCUGCUGUCCACGUGAGUAACAGUAACUGGAAUGAGUCCCGCUCCUUUCUGGCCACAAUAUCUCAUCCUGAGGGAAACAGCCUCUCCACCCUAGUGUCAGAUAUCUCCCUCUCUGAGAAUCACAACAGCACCACAGCAACCAUCGCCACAGUGCUGGCUGUAACCAGCAGGAGCAGCUCAGGGGACGUCUACAACCAGACAGCUGUGUUUGAAAAGAACACCCGACAACAGGAUCAGUGCUGGGAGACUUAUGUUGGACAGGAGAUGUUGAAGCUGUCCAUCAUUGACAUGAUCUUCACAGUGGCGAGCAUCCUGCUCAUUGACUUCAUCAGAGGUCUAGUGGUUCGCUACCUCAGUGACUGCUGCUGCUGGGAUUUAGAGAGCAAAUUUCCUGAAUAUGGAGAAUUCAAAAUAGCCGAGAAUGUCUUGCAUCUAAUUUAUAACCAAGGAAUGAUCUGGAUGGGGGCAUUUUUUUCUCCCUGUCUUCCUGCCUUUAAUGUGCUGAAGCUGAUUGGUCUGAUGUAUCUGAGGAGCUGGGCUGUACUUACCUGUAAUGUUCCCCAUCAGCAGGUCUUUCGAGCAUCCAGGUCAAACAACUUCUACCUGGCUAUGCUGCUUUUCAUGCUGUUUUUGUGUAUGCUGCCCACCAUCUUUGCUAUAGUGAGAUACAGACCAUCACAACACUGCGGACCUUUCAGUCAGUGUUUUUUCAAACCUUCUCAGGAGCGCACUGAAGACAAGAAGAAAGUCUUCCAGAUGGCUGCAGCAAGACUACAGAUUCCAGAGGCUGCUGCAGACAAAAAGUCAGAUCAUGAGGAAAACAACAUCGCCAGCCAAGAGUCCUCUAACCACACCCCAUCUCCCUGUCAGAAUAGCAGCACCACAAACUUUGAAUCCCCUGUUCAUCGUGGGAAUUGCAUCCGCACCAUCACGAAAUCAGUAUCUAGAGGAGACCUGAACAGAGGAGGUGUGGCCGGAUCUAUCAGAAGUCCAGCAGUAACCGUACUGCCCAAACAUUGGCUGGAGCACAUUCCUAACAGGCCUCCACCUUUUCUUGGUGGUCCUAGUGGUACCUGCAGAUCCAAGUCCUACCAUCACAUGGUAUACAAUUCUCCACCUCACUGUUCUGACAGCAUUCACUCUGACCCCUUGUGCAGGAAGACUGUACAUUCUGUUCAUCCAGUUGAAGCUGCUGGGAUCAUUACUGCACAGAGUUAUAGAGGACGCCGUGGUCACACCACCCGCUAUGUGAUUGUCAAUGAGCAUGAACCCAGGAAAAAGUUGCUGCGCUCAGCCACACGGAUCCCACGCCAUUAUUUCAUGGAGGAACCCACAGAGAUCAUGGAACUGUACCCACGUAAUGUCAGACGCUACACACCACGCAAUGCUCACAGUAAACCACGUCCUUACCAGUCCCACGCAUCACAGCAACAUCCAAGUGAAGAGGAUGAGGAGGAAGACCAAGGGAAAGGCAGGAGAAAGAUGUCACUAGGGAAAACUCAUCGGGCCCGCUCACCGUCUAACCUCCAACAGCCAGCACAUUUCUACAUUGGUGACCGUCUAGAAACCUACAUAACUAUAUCUAAAGAAAACCACACAGCUCAAGGAAGAUAUGGGGCUCAAGACGUAGAUGAAGAGGAGAAUGGAGUAGGAGAAAUAGCCUGUGGAGAUGAAGAGUCACACUCUGAGUCACAGGCUAAUGUGAGAGUAGUUGACCCUCUUCUUCUGCAAACCAGAUGUCACAUUCAUUCCCCGAGAAGACAGUAUCUGUCUCAAACUCGGGCCAGGCAUGUUGAGCCUCAUGUGAAGUCCAAGACAAAGCAAAAGCUGGAGAAUGUGCAGACUGAGUCCGACUCAGCUUCCCUGGCCUCUAGCAGUGACCAGCAGAAUAGCAGCAAUGACCAGUAUAUUCAGGUUAUCCACAACAAGGAGCGCUAUUUGAAGUCUGGAGCCAGGCAAGGACAAAUGGCCAAAAAGAAAUCCAAAACCAGCUUUGAUCUAAAAAUCACUGAAUCUAAUGAUCUGGUCUGCUCCAAUGUUUGAAAUGUUGGUUUCUGUUAAAUAAUAUAUGUAGCAU